AUGCCGUCGCAUCAAUCGUCCGCCGCCGUCUCGUCGGACAUGAACACGUCCAACUUCGUCUCUGGGCUCACCGCCCCCCUCACCAACUCGAUCGACGCGCUCAAGAUCGAUCACUUUGUCCCUACGCGCGAUGGUCACCCGCCCCCGGGCUCGAUCCCGGACUCGAUCCUGCCUCAAGGCGUCUCGAAACCGGCUUUGUUUCAGACCAUCACCCUACCCUUCGCCAAGCCGGAGGGUGGCAAGAUGACGUUCAAGAACCGCGUUAUUGUCUCGCCCAUGUGUCAAUACUCUGCGGAAGACGGCCUGCCUACACCGUACCACAUUGCGCACCUCGGCUCGUUCGCGCUGCACGGCGUGGGCAACGUGAUGGUCGAAGCGUCGGGUGUUACGCCCGAGGGCAGAAUCACACCGCAGGACGUGGGACUUUGGUCGGAGCGUCACCGGGAUGCGCACAAAGCGUUGGUGUCCGUGUUGAAGUCAUUUACGGAUGGAUUGGGUGUGGGUGUGCAGCUGGCGCAUGCGGGAAGGAAGGCGAGCGACUGGUCGCCCUUCUACCGUGGCGAGAAACGGGAGAAGUACGUAACUCGAGAGGAAGGUGGGUGGCCAGAGGAUGUCGUUGCCCCCUCAGCCAUUCCGUACACCGAGGGAUCCGUCACUCCUCGCGCCCUGACGCUGGACGAAAUCAAGAAGCUCGAGGAGAGCUUCGUCCAGUCGGCACGAUGGGCCUUCGAAGCCGGGUACGACUACGUCGAGCUGCACGGCGCCCACGGCUACCUUAUGCACUCGUUCCUCAGCCCUCUCACCAACCACCGCACCGACGACUACGGCGGCUCUCUCGAGAACCGUACGCGAUUCAUGCUCAACAUUGCCCGUCGAAUCCGCGCAGAGUUCCCGCAGAAGGGCCUGUGGGUGCGCGUCAGCUCCACCGACUGGGCCGAGAACGCCGGUCACGGCGACUCCUGGACCCCCGCUCAGACGGUGGAACUAGCCAAAAUGCUGCAGGACGCCAAAGUCGACCUGCUCGACGUAUCCUCCGGCGGCCUAGUCCCAUUCCAACAAAUCACCCUCGGCGCAGGAUACCAGCUGUUCGGCGCGAAAGCCGUCAAGGAUGCAAUCAAGCAACUCGAACCCGAGGAAAGCAAACGCAUGCUCGUGGGCGCAGUAGGCAUGAUGGAGGGCAGCCACGAUUCGCCCAAUGGGCAGGAUAGGAGUCAGAUCGGCAGGUUGGCGGAAAAGUCGAUCGUGGAUGGAGAGUGCGAUGCCGUGCUCCUGGCAAGAGGGCUCAUGAGCUACCCGAGCUGGACGGAGGACGCUGCGGUCGCACUGACCGGUGUGAGGGCUGCGGGAAACCCACAGUACCAUCGAGUACACCCUGCGAAGAAGUAG